AUGCAGAACCAAAAAUCUAUUGCACAAGUAGUGGAAGAAGGUAUUAUGCUAAGUGCGUGUUUUCAAGGUUCUGCACCUAGCCUAAACAGACAUGACUUUAGAAUAAAUAUCAGGUCAUCACAAAUUGAUUCUUUAGGAACUAAUUUGAUGUCAAAGUUUUCUACUUAUUCUGACUUUCUCCCUAAUGAAAAUGCACAAACUUCUACUGUGGAUGCAACACAACAUCGGUUGGGUGAUCCUCGCAAAAACAUCCUUGAGGUGGGAAGUUCUUCUUAUAAAACCAUUUAUUUGUGUGAAAGACUUAUACCAGAGCUACAACCAAUACCAAACUAG